UACGCAGUUGGUACCGUGUGUACCACAAGCCAACCAUCCAUAUCAAACGGUCCAAAAGUUCCUAUCCUCUCCAUCACCCGCCGAUCUUCUCCCGUCCACAAUCUCCCGCUAUCCACUGCGAACUUCUCCCUCCCUCACGCUCUCUCUCUCCACAUAGAUCCUCCCCAGUCCCAACGCAGCGCUUCCACGGCCGCUCAUCCAGCAACAAUGUCCGCCGCCGCCGCAUCCAUCUCGGCCGUCUCAAUCUCUAAAUCCCAUUCUUCCAAUGCCUCAGUUCUAACCCAAACCAAGCAGCCCUCCCUCCACCGUCUUUUGCUCGGCGAGAAGCGAAGGAGCCGAUUCUUACCGGCGAUUAAGAUCAGGAGGAUCGGCGGAAGAAACAGCUCCGUGCGCGAGAGGAGAGCGCUCGAGAUCACGGCGAAGACCACCGGAGCGUCGAAGAACAUCGAGGUUGAAGUGGAUAAGCCUCUAGGACUAACCCUAGGGCAGAAAUCUGGAGGCGGGGUUGUCAUCACUGCUGUUGAUAGCGGUGGAAAUGCGGCGAAGGCUGGACUAAGACCUGGAGAUCAGGUUUUGUACACCAGCAGCUUUUUUGGUGAUGAACUUUGGCCUGCAGAUAAGCUGGGAUUCACCAAAACAGCUAUUCAAGCAAAGCCUGAUUCUGUUUACUUUGUUGUGAGCAGAGGUGCAGAGGUAGAUGUGAAGCGAUUACCUAAGAGACCAGCUCCACCUAGAUUUGGCAGGACCUUGACAGAAUCUCAGAAGGCUAGAGCAACUCACAUAUGCUUAGACUGUGGAUUCAUCUACACAUUGCAAAAACCUUUUGAUGAGCAGCCUGAUUCCUAUGUCUGCCCUCAGUGCAGAGCGCCAAAGAGGCGUUUUGCACGCUAUGAUGUGAACAGUGGGAAGCCCGUUGGCGGCGGCCUGCCGCCCCUUGGUGUGAUUUUUGGUCUGGUUUUGGGGAUUACAGGAGUUGGAGCUUUACUUGUCUAUGGCCUCCAAUAGAACAUCCAUAAUUAUGUUUUUAAAUUUUUUUUUUUAUUUGUGAACAUUUUCAUUUGC